AUGGCAGUCCAGGCGGCGCUCCUCAGCACGCACCCCUUCGUCCCCUUCGGCUUCGGGGGCUCCCCGGACGGGCUGGGAGGCGCCUUCGGAGCCCUGGACAAGGGCUGCUGUUUCGAGGAUGAGGAGACCGGGACGCCGGCGGGCGCGCUGCUGGCGGGCGCCGAGAGCGGGGACGCGCGCGAGGCCACCCGCGACCUGCUCAGCUUCAUCGACUCCGCGUCUAGCAACAUCAAGCUGGCCCUGGACAAGCCCGGCAAGUCGAAGCGGAAGGUGAACCACCGCAAGUACCUGCAGAAGCAGAUCAAGCGCUGCAGUGGCCUCAACGCCAGGAAGGUCCCGCUGCGGGCCCGCAACCUGCCGCCAUCCUUCUUCACCGAGCCGUCCCGGCCGGGCGGCGGCGGCGGGUGCGGCCCGUCGGGGCCCGGCGUGAGCCUGGGCGACUUGGAGAAGGGCUCAGAGGCCGCCGAGUUCUUCGAGCUUCUGGGGCCCGACUACGGCGCGGGCACCGAAGCUGGUGCCUUACUUGCCGCGGAGCCUCUCGAUGUGUUCCCCGCCGGGGCCGCCGUCCUGCGGGGACCUCCGGAGCUGGAGCCCGGCCUGUUUGAGCCCCAGCCCGCGAUGGUGGGGAGCCUACUGUACCCCGAGCCCUGGAGCGCCCCGGGCGGCCCCGCGACCAAGAAGCCGCCCCUGCCCGCGCCCCGCGGUGGCUUGACCUUGAACGAGCCUUUGCGCUCCGUGUACCCCGCCGCCGCGGACUCUCCGGGCGGGGACGAUGGGCCCGGCCUCUUGGCCUCGUUCGCCCCCUUCUUCUCAGACUGCGCUCUGCCCCCGGCGCCGCCGCCGCCGCCCCAACAGGUGUCCUACGACUACAGCGCGGGCUACAGCCGCUCGGCGUUCGCCGGCCUUUGGAGGCCCGACGGGGCUUGGGAAGGGGCGCCCGGGGAGGAGGGGGCGCCCCGGGAUUGACUGCGCGGCACCCUUCUCCCCCAGUAGACACUGCGCUUGGGGCUCCCCGCUCUGGGUCUCUCUCGAGCCUAAAGAACGACCGUCACAUGCACGUGGAGUUGAAACGGGAUUUUAAAAAUUCGAUUAAUAAAAGAAACUUCAGAAAAAGAGAUGAAAAGGAGUUGGGGGUUGUUUUAACCACAGCCUCGUGUUUAAAAACAAACAAAAAAAGCCGUUGAUAGGUUCUUACCGGAUCAGUUGAGCCAAGAAACCGAGACGGGAUCGGGGAAGGGGGUGGCUUUUGCAGCCCCCAGUCCCUUAGUCAACUUUCCAUCAGAAGGUUAGCGUGUUUAGUGUUAACAGCCCCUUCCCGACAGUGCUCUGGGCUCUCCUUCCCUUCCCUUUGAGCGCGUUGUGCAUUAAAGUCUGUACUGAAAAGAACGGAGCAGAGGUAUGUUGUAUUGAUUUGGGUGUC